GCGGGGCCCUGCCCCUUCUGCGGACGGCCCUACCCGCACCCCCAGCAGCCGGCCGUGGGCGGCGGGGGCGGAGGCAGAGCCAGGGGGCAGCGCGCCGCCUCGGACCCGGGGCCGCCCGCGCUGCGACUCCCCGCCAUCCUGGAGCCGGAGCCACAGAGCCGGCGUAACAGCGGCGUGGGCGUGGCCAUGGGGGUGGGCGUGGCCACCAGCCUGAUGGGCGGACUGCUGCUCAGGCCAUCCUCCGACACCUCGCUGCCACCAAUCAACAAGGAGUGCGAGUCGCGGCUGCUGAGCGUCGCGCCCAGUCCGUCGUCGACGCCCGAGUCGGGCUUCCGGUCUGCGCUCAGCGGCGACACGCUGUCCGCCUGCGACGACUCGCCGCCGCUGCCGCUCUCCAAGGCGUUCGUCGUCUACCCCGUCCGGAGCAAGACUCGCGAGGACUUCCUGCAGGACCUUCGGCGCGCACAGCAAACGGAGAACUACUCACACCUGCAGAAGUUCUACAUGCGCACCUUCGAAACUUUCGCCGAGAUCUGUGCGCUUUUCAAGGUGGACCGCGACGAGGAUGGGGCGAAGCCCGAGGACCCUGGUCUGAAGAUGGACUUCGUCUACACCGUGCACGACGCCCUCAAAGAUAUGCCAUCGAUCAUUCACAAGAUCGUCAUGAAGGCAAUCAUCAAUGCACUGCUGGAAGAAGACAGAGUGCUCCACGACAAGGACGAGGCGCGCGCGAUGUUCGUGCUCCUGCAGAGCCCGGUGUUCGGCGCGCAGUCCUCCUACACCAUCCUGGCGCACCUGCUGCGCGCCCUCGUGUCGCUGCCCGCGCCAGACCUCGCGCUGAUCGUCUCCUGGUUCCGCACGUUGGAGGUGGAGAAGCUGCGGCUGAUGGUGCGCCACAUCCUGCAGUUCAUCACGAUCCGGCAGUUCCCGCCGGCUGACAAGUCGCUGCCCCCUCUCAGCAAGAGCCGCUGGUGGAUCCCCACCGCCACGCGCGCGCUCGCGCUCAUCAACGCGGCCAACAACUCGAGUUCGCCGCCGCUGCUCGACUACACGGACUUCUACAACUCGGCGCUGGACCACGUGGACCUGAUGCAGGACUACUUCAACUGGCAGAGCCCCCAGCGGCCGGGACAGUUCUCCUACUGCCAGUACCCGUUCAUCCUCAGCAUCGUCGCCAAGAGGAUCAUACUUACCAAGGACUCAGAGCAGCAGAUGAUCCUGACGGCACGCCGCUCUCUGGUGGCCAAAGUCGCACGCCACCAGGCGCCUCAGAUCGACAUCUUCUUCCUCAACAUCCUCGUACGGCGCUCUCACCUAGUCUCCGAUUCUCUCAACGAGAUCGCCAGCAAGCAAAAGGAUCUGAAAAAGAAGCUGAAGGUAUCGUUUGUGGGCGAGCCGGGCUUGGACAUGGGUGGGCUGACCAAGGAGUGGUUCCUGCUGCUGAUCCGGCAGAUCUUCCAGCCAGACUACGGCAUGUUCGUGUACCACCCGCACUCGCGCUGCUACUGGUUCAGCACGGACCAGGCGGGCAGCCUGCGCGAGUACAACCUGAUCGGCGUGCUGAUGGGGCUGGCCGUGUACAACUCCAUCAUCCUGGACCUGCACUUCCCGUCGCUGUGCUACCGCAAACUGCUCUCGCCACCCGUCGUGCCAGCCUCGGACGACGCGGCUGUCGGCGUCGUCUCCCAACUCACCAUUGACGACCUCGCCGAGAUCAUGCCCGAUGUUGCUAGAGGACUCCGAGAACUACUUGCUUAUGAAGGCAAUGUCGAAGAAGAUAUGUGCAUGAGUUUCCAGGUUUCACUGGAAGAGUAUGGGGAAGUAAAGACGUACAAACUCAAGGAUGAUGGUGAAAAUAUUCCUGUAACAAAUGAAAACAGACAAGAAUAUGUUAAUCUGUAUAUGGACUGGAUACUGAAUGCAGCAAUAUAUGAGCAGUUUCGUGCAUUUUAUCUGGGAUUCCACAGUGUCUGUGCAUCCAAUGCAUUAAUUAUGCUCAGACCAGAAGAGGUGGAGAUGCUUGUGUGUGGUUCCCCAACACUUGAUUUAAAUGAGUUGCGGAAAGUUACGGAGUAUGAUGGAUAUAAAGCUGAUGAUUUAAUUAUUAUUGACUUUUGGGAUGUGCUUCAUUCUCUGUCUGAUGAACUAAAGAAGAAAUUUCUGCUUUUUGCUACUGGCAGUGACCGAGUACCAGUUGGAGGAAUGGGGGAAAUGACAUUCAAGAUUACCCGUGUGACAAAUAAACCAGAUAAUUUGCCUGAAGCACAUACUUGCUUCAAUCAGCUUGUGCUCCCAACUUAUGAGUCAAAAGAUACUCUUCGUCAGAAGCUCAUAAUAGCUAUUUCAAAUGCUGAAGGAUUUGGCCUUGAGUGAAGAGAAUUAGUUCUCUUGCCAUUGUGCCUUUAUUAUCCCUGUUUGUUAUUGCAACUGUUAUUCAUUCACUCAUGCAGCAACAAAAGAUUCAAUGCCAAGAACAGUGAAGUAUGAAACUAUUUUGUGAGUUCUUACAUGUACAUAUGAACUAAAUGAUGCAAAUAUUCUGCAAAUUGUUAACAGUACAAAUGAAUUUUGGACAUGAGUUCUAAUUGAUUACAUUUCUAAAAAUAUAUAUAUACAUAUAAAAUUCUGUACUGUUGUUUGUGUAUGUUGUUCUUCUAAAAUCAAAUGCUAAUUUAAA